AUGAACUUUGAGUUGCGAGAAGUCAAGUUUGUCGAUGGAGACGAGCUCGCCGCCGUGCAAGCCGCGUCGCUCGCCGACAAUGAUCUUGACAAGGCACUGCAUCCGGGCCAGACGGCUCACGAGGCCGAGGCUGACUACAAAAAGAGAUGGCUUAGUGUAUAUGGUUACGGGCCGUGGCACUACAGAGCUGUGGUAGAGGUCGCAACGGGGAAGAUAAUUGCGUUUUCCCGGUGGACGGUGAGCGAUGAUCACUCCACGAUUAUCCCACAGCGAGAAGAUCUUCCUGAGGGGGCGACUGUACCUCCUAGAGAGAAGCCUACCUGUUUGGAUACGGACUUUGCGAAGGAGUACAACGCGCGAUCUGUACAAGUCUUGGAGAAAUGUACCCAGGGACGCAAGAACAUGUUCCUUGAUGUUAUGGGAACUCUGCCUGAAUAUCGCCAGCAUCGCCCUGCUACCCUUAUGCUGCAGUGGGCGCGCACGUUUGCUGCUACGCACGGCCUGGUUUGCUAUGCCGAGACUAGCGAGGCAGAUGCGUCCAUGUGUCGGGAUGCUGGGCUUGAACCCGUGGAUAAGUUUGAGGUACAGGCUAGUGAGAAGCUUAUCACUCUUUACACAUUCAAGCACGAGGUUACUAGCUAG